AUAAACAAGAAGCAAAGUGAACAUUAUUUUCUGAAGAGAUAAAUCGAAAAAGACAAGAAAAAGAAAUACUAAAAAAGAAAAGGAAAAAAUGAGCAGUGGGAGUCGAGUGUUCUGUAAAUCUUUCUUGGUACCUUCACUCGGUUCGACUGAACUCAUUCGAUUCAAGUUUUUCAGAGCUCGAACUUCCUCAUCCAACCCUUCUAGGGUUUUUCGAAUGGCCACCGAGCCUCCUUCUUCAUCCUCAUCAUCACCACCACACUCCGCUUCAGCUUCCUCUAAUGGCGAUUCAUCCUCAGUCCCCGCUUCUUCUGCCAUCGAUUUUCUCUCUCUCUGUCACCGUCUCAAGACGACGAAGAGAACGGGAUGGGUGCGAAGGGAUGUUGAGAAUCCAGAGUCCAUAGCCGAUCAUAUGUAUCGAAUGGGGUUGAUGGCUCUCAUUGCUUCUGACAUUCCUGGAGUCGAUCGAGACAAGUGUAUAAAAAUGGCAAUUGUCCAUGAUAUUGCAGAAGCCAUUGUUGGGGACAUCACUCCUUCUGAUGGGGUUCCAAAACAUGAAAAGAGUCGGCGCGAGCAGGAGGCGCUAGACCACAUGUGCAAAUUACUUGGUGGAGGGCAGAGAGCCCAGGAAAUUGGUCAGUUGUGGAUGGAGUAUGAAGAAAAUUUGUCCCUAGAAGCUAAGGUUGUGAAGGAUUUCGACAAGGUGGAAAUGAUACUUCAAGCCUUGGAAUAUGAAACUGAGCAAGGCAAAAAUUUGGAUGAGUUUUUCCUGUCAACAGCUGGUAUGAUUUUUGACCCAUCUAAUUGAUUUCUGUCUGCCUAUACAAAAAUCUGAACCUUCAAAAUACUAAUUUGCUUGUACAUAUUUGGAAGCGUUAUAGAACUAAAGGAAAGUUCAACUUACUGUAAAUUAUGCAAAAAAAAAAAAAA